AUGCCCCUCACGACCCAUCUCCAUUGCUCGUCAGUAGAAGGACUCUCUUCGGUCACCGUUCUCAUUACCGGCAGCAAGUACUGUACCUUGAUCGACCCGCCUUUCCUUAUUCCCGACGCCAACGAUGUGGUAUCUUGGAUCAGAAAGACGACAACGCUGCCGCUCAAAGGCGUCUUUGUAACACACCACCACCCAGAUCACUACUUCAGCGCAAAUCCAAUCCUCGAAGCUUUCCCAGAGGCAAAAUUCUACGCGGCGCCCUACGUUUGUGCCGCUAUUGAUCGCGAAUAUGACGAGAAAGUAAAGUACUGGCCAACAGUAGUCGGUGUUGAUAAGGUGCCGGCGGCGCCCCGGAAGCCCGACGAGUUUCAUCACAGCUUCUUCGUGCUCGAUGGAGACGAGAGCUCUCCCGUUAUGCUCUUGGGCCCUCUACAGGGUGACUGCGUCGACGGCACCCUCUUCUGGCUACCGUCGGAGCGAACAAUCAUUUGCGGCGAUGCGAUCUAUGCGCGUUGCUCACACAUCUGGGUUGAAGAGAUUGAGACUCCUACAAUCUUGGCAGCUUGGAGGAAAACAAUCGCGUUGAUCGAAGGCCUAAACCCCGCGACUAUUAUACCGGGCCACCUGGAGGCUGGGUGGGAGUUAGAUGCUAAGGCGGACUUGGAGCAUAAUAAGAAAUAUCUUCAGUUGUUUGAAGAAAAGAUUGAGAAGGCGACGAAGAAGCCUGGGGUAGAGGAGCUCUUUGAAACAUUCAAGAAUGCAUUCCCCCAAGCAGAAAAGAAUACAGAUUUCUUUUUGGGCCAUCUCAGCAAUCAGUUUGGAGAAGGUGGUGUUAAAUGGGAGGAGAACCGGCAUCACCUAGUUGCGACCAGGACGAAAGAACAGUUGGAGGCCUAUUGGCUAGCUUAA